AUGUUGGGGGCGACUCUCGCUCUUUCACUGGCGGCUUUUACUCUUGGUGUCUGGGGCGAACAAGCAAACUUUGACGACAACAGCAACAAUGCCUGCGAAAUCAUUCAAAAUGCCGCCAGGUCUGUUAUUGGCUCCCGCUUUAAGCCCUCUGAGGCAUUGGCUUGUCUAGCAUCAGUACCCCUGGCCAGAGACCGCGACAUGGAGCUCAUGGACUACCUCAUUCCAUACGUGGAGCAGCAAAGUACUCUUGGUAUCUUGAAGAACCCGCCUCAGACAUAUCUCUUCCCUGCAAUCGACUUGGUGGGCGGCUUGCGACAGAUCAAAGAGAAGAUAUCGGCAGGAGGUUACAAGUCUCAGCUCGAAUUUGCCUGGGACAUGAACAGGCUAUGGAACCAGCUUAACGACGGCCACUUUGACUACAAACCAGCUCUGCUUUCAGUCUUUGGCUUCCAGUCCAGCAGGGGACUCAAAUCAGUAUCCAAGGAUGGACUCGAGCUUCCAGAAAUCUACGAUGAGCACGAUUUGGCGAAUGCAGAUUCGCAAGGUUUCACCCCAUCAGCCGUGGUCAGCAUUGAUGGAAUCCCAGUCGUUGACUACCUUGAAAUCGUUGCUUCCGCAGGUGCUCUUCAGGACCCUGACGCGCAGUAUAACAACUUAUUCACUACCACCGCAGUCAAGGCACGUGGCGGUGGUGGCUACUUCAAGAGCGGCGGCUACACCGAGCUUCCUGACAUCAGCGUUUACAAGUAUGCCAAUGGCACCGUCACAUCGCACCCGAACAUCGCUAUUCUCCGGCAGGACCUGACGGGUAUUUCCAACGGCCGCCAGCUCCACCUGGCUUUUGAAAUGCCACCCCGAGAGAAACCUAUUAAAAAAGACGACAAGAAGAGCUCGGAAGGCCCAAUCCCCGUCAACAAGCCAAAGGUGCCUGGCUAUCCUUUGCCGGUGGUGAAACACUACAACGACUAUAUUGCAGGCUACUUCAUGGACGGCCCUGACUACCAGGACGCUGCCGUCUUGUCCAUCUACUCAUUUACGCCCAAGGCGAGCGUCAAGAAGACUAAAACCGAAUUCUCCGAGUUCCGGCGCGUUGUACGUGAGUUCAUCGAGCAGUGUCGCCAGGAACAUCGAACGAAGCUCAUCAUUGAUCUUCAAGCCAACGGCGGUGGCAUGCUCCACAUGUCAUUCGAGCUCUAUCGCAAUUUGUUCCCCGAUGCAGAGCCUUUUGACGGUACCCGCUUCCGUGCUACAGAUGCGUACAACAUUAUUGGCAAAGACGACUAUGGCACUUCGCAAGAACGGAAACUUGUCAACAACCCCCUCGAUAAGGACUUGCAUCGGUACCGUAACUGGGAAGCACUCUGGGGGCCUGUCAAUGCCCAUGAGGAUAAAAUGACGAACCUCGUGCGAUACAACUUUAGUAGCAACACAACUGUCGGGGAGUCUGGCUUCUACAUCUCAGGUUAUGGACCAGACGACACGCCACCAGAGCCGUAUUUCGAGAGCAAGAAUAUUCUCAUUGUAACCGACGGGUUCUGUGCAUCGACGUGUACGGUCCUCUCGCGCCUUCUCAGCAACGAGCAGGGCGUCCGCUCUCUCGCUCUAGGAGGUCGGCCCCUGAAAGCCCCGAUGCAAAGCGUUGGAGGCGUCAAAGGUGCCCAGGUGGUCAAGUUCCAGGAGUUUCAAGACCUGCUCAAGGAUGCGCUCCAACACCAGCCCCAGGAUGUCAAACUACCAGACAACCUACCCAAGAUCUCCGAGGUGCCUCUACUACCUAGCCUCAGCAGCCUCAGCUUCAACUUCCGCAACGCCUACGAGAGCGCCGACUCGCUGAUCCCGCUGCAGUUUGUGUAUGAGGCCGCGCACUGCCGGCGCUUCUACACCUACGAGAUGACUCGCGAUCCGACCGAGGUCUGGAGGGUUGCAUUCGACGUGGCGUUUCGAGGCGGCAAGUGUGCCGAGGGGAGCAGCCUUGGAAAGGAUAACACAAUGGGCAAGAGGCCAAAGCUUGACAGGGCCAAGGUGGUGUCGAAGCUCGCCCCCUACAACGGGCCAGGGUCCAAGACUUACACCGACAGGAAGCUGAGGCGUCGCGAGCUGACGGGCUCGCGUGUGUUUGGGGCCAGGAGACGAUCCGAAGCGAAGAUACAGAAGCGUGUGGAAGUUCUGUCGCCUGACGACGAGGCGCUCAUCAACCGCGUACCGGCCAUGGUGGAUGAGAAUUGGUGGGAGCACACUGGUAUCUGA